AAAUAAGAAGAUGAAAGGUAAAGGAAAGACUAGAAAGAUGGAUGAAGAUGAAACAGAAGUUUUAUCUGAAAUGAACGGAUUUACAGACAGAGUGAAUAAAAAACAAUAUGAACCAGAAACAUUUGCUGAUAAAACUUAUAUAUCUGAUGUGAUAAAAGAAAAUGAAGUGUUAAAAUCAAAGGUUGAUGAACUGCAGCUAGAGGUAGAUACACAUAGGAUAGAAUUACAGAAAUAUCAGGCUCAUUUUGAAGAUAAGAAUCGUAGAACGAGAGAAAAAUAUGACGAACAGAUUGGUGUACUAAGAUCUUCACACCAGAGGGAGCUACAGAAAUUUUUGGCUGACAACGCUUUACAACAUUCUGCCUCUAAAAUGGCAGAGUUACAAUCAAAAACAGAUGCUCAACAGGUGAUGAUAAAACAUUUAAAAGACCAGUUGAAUAAAUCACAUUUAGAUUCCGAACAGCUCUCUAUACUGCGGAUACAGAAUGCCAGUUUAGAAAACCAAAUUGACAGACUAAAAGAGGAAUUACGAGAGGCAAAGAAAUUCCACACUCCAGAAAUGAAACAUUUUGAGUCAAUUCAGCAGAAGAUAAUUCAAAUGGAGAAAAAACGGGAAACACGUGAGCUUGAACUGCAACAAAUUAUAAAAAAUGCCAAACACACAGCUUCAGUGGAAAUGGACCAGGAAGCAAAUAAAUGGAAAGGAAUUGUAGAUUCUAAAAAUUGUGAAAUCCAAAGAUUUAGAACAGAAAUAGAUUCUAUAUUAGACGUUUUAAAAUUACUCCAAAAACAAGGAGUUGUUAUACCUGUCAGUGCAGCAGUGUCAUAGCAGUAGCUCUUAAGUAGUUUUAUAAAUUAAAAAUUUGUAUCAAUAUUCCGUCCUUUAUAUUUAAAAGAGAUUGAACUUAGUGUUAUCUCAAAUAAAACUAUCUAUUAGGGUAUUUUUCAUUAUGUAACUGCAGUUAUAACAAUUUUUUAUGAUCUGUUUAACGGAAAGAAAAACAAAUUAUAUUAGAAUGUUCUGAAUUUGCAUCGAUUUCUAAAAUGUUUUUGUCAAUUAUUAAGCGAUGUCUCUGUGACGUCUUGUUAGGAAUUAUGCAGAUGUUAUGGUUGUUAUAGCAUCAAUUAUAAAAUGUCUACACAAUUUAACGAUGUGGUGCAUUCUGUUUGUCACAUGUGUUGUUUUGUGUUCCAUGAAAAAAAAUAUUUAUAACUGUUAACAUACCCCAUUUAAUGUUAUUGUAUAAAACAAAAUUUUGAUAUUGUUAUCUUUCCAAGUAAAAUUGAUCAGUUAAUGCUGACUGAUACAUGCUACUUUCCACUGAAAUCUUUGUAUUGUUCCCCUGGUCAGUUUUAUUUUUAACAUCAACUUUUUACUUAAACACAGAAAUUUAUUUUCUAAUCAGUGUAACAAUCUGAUCUGGAUUUGUAUUUGCAUGAACAUAAUACUUGGCAUGAACAAAUUUAACAGUGUAUAUUGAAUAAGGGUCAGGUCUUUUUUCAUACGUUUCCUUUUUUUACAAAAUUUUAUGAAGCCAAGAAUCUUUUCUAAUAUAAGUUGUAUCCAAGAGUAUUUAAAGAAUUUACUGUAAAAGGGCAACCCAAAUUAGGGAUGGAUCUUCUUUCAAACAGCAUCCACCAAACCUUAUAAGUUGUUUUUUUUUAGUUUCCCUCUUUAUUUCCUCUAGAACCUCUAGAUUUUUGUCUUAUUUUAAAAAAUUAUCUACUUUGUUUACCAUUUGCAAGUACCAGAUUUUUGAAAAUACUUUUUAAAGAAUAAUAUAAUGUUUACUUUCGUAUGAUGUUGUACUUUAAGAAUUGUAUGUUUAUGCAAUCUAAUUAAAGGGAGAUAAUUUCUUAACAAGAGUCUUCUUUUUAGUACUAAAAUUAUUUAAUUGAAGAUCUUCUUGAAAUGAAUAUAAUGACCACUACUUAGAUAAGAUUUUGUAUGAUGUUGUAAGACAUACAAAAGUUGUGUCAAAUACUUAGUU